GAGUGGGUUACUGGGACAUAAAUUCACCCCUUUGUAAGUUAUCGAAGAAUGGUGACUCAACAUCAUCAUCAUCAUAAAGCAACAAGAUUAUUCAUUCACUCCAUCUUCUUCAUCUCCCUCUCAGAUCCAACUAACCUUCCAAUCAAUCGCUGUUCUUGAUGGAAUAAAAGAGUAAUGGCUGCAGCAGAAGCACGAGCAGCAUGGCAACGGACUGCGAACCGUUAUUUUGUUCAAGAAGAUGCGAAAAGAGCUCCGAAAUUAGCUUGUGUUCCACCAUCAUCAUCAUCACAGUCGAAACAAAUCGACACGAGACCUCCCACGAAUGGAAUUUCCGAUUUUGCCCCUCCUACCGCCAACUCGUUGUACUCGAACCUCUCUCCGGAUUCAAGAUGGUGGCUUCGGUUGCAGCCUAACCAUUUACACCAAACCGGUUUGACCAACGAUAAAGUCAACACCGAGGCUGAAAAUUCUCAACAAUUUGUCGACAUUAUGGAUUCUCAGUCAACUAUUAAAGUUGACCGUGUAGGUGAAGAAUCGUAUGAGUUUGUGGAAAUGGAUUCUGUUUAUAAAGAAGUGGAUGAGUUCAGUUUGGACUCGGAAUUCCCUCAUUGGAUGGAGAUUGAGAAGAACCAUGAGUUGCCGUGGUGGCGAAUGGCCGAUAAAGAUGACUUGGCAUCGUUUGUUGCUCAGAGAUCGAAUGAUUUCAUUGAGAAUUGUGAUUUACCUUCGCCACGAAACGCAAGUUUCAAGAGGGACCCGUAUGGUGAUGAUCGAUCUGCGCGUAAGAAUGAUGAUAUAUCCACCUCUUCUAGGAUUUCAAGACCACAAAGGCCCCAAUGUGAAAAUGCAGCUAGCCCAAAUGCCAGUUCAGGGCCAGUCAGUCCUCUAAGCACACAAAGCGGUGUCGGUGACAGCACAGUUAAUGAAGGUUCUAGAAUUCUAGAGAUGGAUCCAAGCAAACGUAAGCUUCUAGAAGCGCUCUGCCAUUCACAAACACGAGCACGAGAAGCAGAAAAGGCAGCAAAACAAGCAUACGAGGAGAGAGAACAUGUCGUGAGGCUAAUAUUCAAACAAGCAUCUCAAUUAUUCGCGUAUAAACAAUGGGUAUAUCUUUUACAGCUCGAGAAUCUUUAUAACCAAAUAAAAACCAACAAGAUCGCCCCUGUUUUACCGGCUUAUCCAUGGCGCGUGCAACGCAGAAAAACACGCAGGAAUAUUCCCGCUAAGAAAAGAACACACGAAAAACGAGGUAACUGUGAUUUAGGUGUGUAUGCCGUGGCUUUUGCUGUUGGAUUGGGGCUUGUUGGUGCGGGUUUGCUGCUUGGGUGGACCGUGGGUUGGAUGUUUAUCUAGUCAUCGUAGUAGGAAUGUUUGAAACGAUUGUGAUGUGUAGUGUACAAAGUUGUUUUCGUGAAAUUGCUAGCUAGCUAGCGGUAUAUAGUUUUGGUAUCUUUGAUAGUUUGGUAACGAGUUUGUAGUUUUACUUUUGUGCUCAUUAUGCGUGACAUUACCGGUAAUGAUAUUACCACUUUUUUUUA